GUACUGCGCAAGCGUGCCUGGGGAGGGGGGCUGGCCUUUAGCUGGCUGGUUACCGAGGAGGAGUCUGUGCCACAGUCCGCAGGCUGUUUGGCAGUUGGCUCCGCCUAGACCGGGCCCCGCCUCACCGAAGCCCUCCUAGUCACUCCUGUCCGCGCGACCAGUCUGCGUCAGAACCCCUACUGUUGUCUAGUCUUGGGCACCCAUGGCCAUGAGUGAAACCCCGCCCCUUGGCCCUGAAAGAAGCAGGGGACACUAAGAGUGGUCUAUCCGGAUGCUCCGCCUCUUGGGAACCUGAGCUAAAGCUGCGUUGGAGAGAGGCAUCCUUGGCUGCUCCGGAUUAGGAAAGGAGAGUGUGUGUGCUCUCUCUCCACCUGGCUCCUGAUUUUCUAUCAGCACUGGAGGAUCUGCUGCAGCCCACACGCUGUGAGCCUGACUUCGGAGCUAGGGAGUGAGGCCUGCAGAAGAGUUCCACAGAGGCUGUGUGGUACAGAAAUUCAUGAGCCGGUACCAGGCAGCCCUGCUGGGUCUAGGCCUGCUGCUCGUGUUCCUACUGUAUGUGGGGUUGCCUGGCCCACCCGAGCAGACGUCGAAACUCUGGAGAGGCCCUAAUGUCACAGUCCUGACUGGUCUUACCAGAGGCAACUCUCAAAUCUUUUACCGAGAGGUGCUGCCGAUCCAUCAGGCACACAGGGCGGAAGUCGUAUUUCUCCAUGGAAAAGCAUUUAGCUCCCACACAUGGGAACAGCUGGGCACGCUGCAGCUACUGUCAAAGAGGGGCUACCGGGCUGUGGCCAUCGACCUUCCAGGUUUUGGGAACUCAGCCCCUUCAGAGGAGGUGAACACAGAGGCAGGCCGAGUGGAGUUGCUGGAAAGAGUGCUCCGGGACCUACGGGUGCAGAAUACUGUGUUGGUGAGCCCCUCACUGAGUGGCAGCUAUGCCCUGCCCUUCUUGAUGCAAAGCCACCACCAGCUACAUGGAUUCGUGCCCAUUGCACCCACCUCCACCCAGAAUUAUGCACAGGAACAAUUCAAGGUUGUGAAGACCCCAACUCUUAUCCUGUAUGGGGAACUGGACCACACCUUGGCUCGAGAGUCACUUCAACAGCUCCGCCAUUUGCCCAACCACUCCGUGGUGAAGCUGCACCAUGCAGGUCACGCCUGCUACCUGCACGAGCCAGCAGCUUUCCACCUCGCCCUUCUCGCCUUCCUCGACCACUUGCCUUGAAUGGACUCACUUCCCAGGACCUACCCUCUGUCCUCUUCCAGGGUGUCAGUCCCUGGCUGGGAUCGGGGGACAGAAGAUCAAGCCUAGCCAGGACUUUUGUAUUUCAUUUCACAGGCACAAUAAAGAAAAGCCUUUUUGUCUUGC